UUAGCUAAUCUAUAUAAAAAGCCUUAGUUACUUUAACAUUCUCAAAACAUCUAAAAUGGCCAACUCCGUUAACGCUUGUCGCCGUCCUCACUACUUGCUUGUAACAUUUCCGGCGCAAGGUCACAUAAACCCGGCGCUCCAACUAGCCAACCGUCUCAUCCACCACGGCGCAACCGUCACAUACGCCACCGCCGUCUCAGCUCUCCGCCGCAUGGGCGAGCCACCUUCCGCCCAAGGUUUAUCCUACGCAUGGUUCUCCGACGGUUUCGACGACGGUCUAAAGUCCUUCGAAGACCAAAAAAUCUACAUGUCCGAGCUCAAACGCCGCGGCUCAGACGCCCUGAGUGACAUCAUCAGAGCCAAUCUCCACGACGGAGCCACCACCAUCACCACCGUUAUCUACUCUGUUCUCGUCCCUUGGGUUUCCACGGUGGCGCGUGACUUUCACCUCCCGACUACACUUCUCUGGAUUGAGCCAGCGACUGUACUCGAUAUCUACUACUACUACUUCAACGACUCUCACAAACACCUCUUCGAAACCGACCCGAUUAAAUUACCGAAUCUGCCACCGAUCUCCACCGGAGACCUCCCGUCGUUUCUUCAGCCGUUGAAGGCUUUACCUUCCGCUCUUGUAACUCUUCAAGAACACAUCGAAGCUCUUGAAUCGGAAUCGGACCCUAGAAUCUUGGUGAACACUUUCUCCAACUUGGAGCACGACGCGUUAGCCUCCGUUAAGAAACUCAGAAUGAUUCCAAUCGGACCGUUGGUUUCUUCCUCCUCCGAUGGUAAAGCUGAUCUUUUUCGAUCUUCAGAGGAGGAUUACAUCAAAUGGCUAGACUCGAAGCAAGAGAAGUCCGUGGUUUACAUAUCCUUAGGCACACACGCGGAGGAUUUGCCGGAGAAACACAUGGAGGCGCUAACUAGCGGCGUGUUAGCCACUGGCCGGCCGUUCUUAUGGGUUGUGAGGGAGAAAAACCAAGAAGAUGAUAAGAAGAAGAAGAAUAGGUUUCUUGAUUUGAUCAGAGAAGAUGGUCGAGGAGGAUUGGUGGUUGGGUGGUGUUCUCAGACGGCGGUGCUGGCGCAUCCGUCGGUGGGGUGUUUUGUGACUCAUUGUGGUUGGAACUCGACGCUGGAGAGUUUGGAGAGUGGAGUUCCGGUGGUGGCGUUUCCGCAGUUCGCGGAUCAGUGCACGACGGCUAAGCUUGUGGAGGCCACGUGGCGGAUUGGAGUGAGGGUGAAGGAAGGGGAGGAAGGACACGUGGAGGGAGAUGAGGUGAGACGAUGUCUUGAGAAGGUGAUGAGCGGUGGAGAGGAGGCGGAGGAGAUGAGAGAGAAUGCAGCGAGGUGGAAGACGCUGGCCGUUGAUGCGGCGGCGGAAGGUGGGCCGUCGGAUUUGAAUCUUAAGAGGUUUGUGGAAGAGUGAUGGGUCUUUAAACUUUGUAAGGGUUGAUAAAGAGAUUAAUAAGAGGUAAGACAAAUGAGAUUAAGAGUUAAGACUAAAGAGAUUAAUAAGAGUUAAGACAAAUGAGAUUAAGAGUUAAGACUAAAGAGAUUAGACUU